AGCUUGGGCUGUCGACUUCCGUUGCAAGUGCCACAAGCGCGUCGAACUCUAGAAACUUGCCGGGUUCAGAGCUUCGAAGCGUCUGAUCUACAGAGGGGGUAUAUCGCAUGUACCGGCAAUCGGGCAUAUCCCAGGCGCAUGAAUGAUCCUCCCUUCUUAACCAGAAAUUACACUUCAUGCCCCGGUGAGCCAACAGCAUUCUUACGACGACCAGAAUGCAUGCGGUGCAACCAUGCCCUCCAAAGAUGACCAGCCUAUGCAACCCAAACUCCAUGUACCUUACUCGGAUCCGCAGUUUGGGAUUCGAGUUUCCGCUGCAUGCUGCUGGUCAUUUGCAGGACCCUUCCAUAACGCAACCGGCUCCAAAUGUCGACUGCGACCUCGCAAGCUCACAAGCAGGCUGCCAGCGCAAUCUGGAUGGACGAAUGUUGCAGUCAGAGAGCGGUGCAACUGGCAUUUGCUCCACGCCACGCGCGCAAGCCUCCUUUCAAACACACUAGCAUCACUCGCUCUGAGUCGUGACUUGUCUUCCAAUGAAGUGGUCAUGAAUGGCAGAACCAUAGGCCACCACUGCUUUGAUUGGUCUAUCCAUCCGUUAAAUCUAGGGAUCUAUAACAUAGAACCCAGUCUAAUAGUACUGCCAUGCAACUUUGCAGGGAGGCCUGGGGCUGCUCAUCCACGGCAUAGGCUCUGUCCCUUGGCUCGCUGGCUCCUUGAUUGUGAAUGGUUUAGCAAUGCCAGAGCGGUCAUGGCGGGGUAUGCCUGCGACUUUCUAGUCUCGGAUCGGGCCCCAGCUGGCGGCGUUACUACAAAGAUGCUGUGCGCCUUCGUCCAGGCGUUGAGACGUCGACCCUUUUUGGUUUCCCUUACUCUUAUUCACAUCGACACGCCGCGGUGCUUGGUAACAAGAGAAUUGUACCUAUCGUCUAUUGUACUCUAGACGCAACUAAUAUCGGGUCCUUAUGUCUUUGGUUGGAAUAUUCGCAUCAGCCCCGGCAUGGAAAUUGUAAUACCGCCUCGGGAUCAUGGCAAGGCUACGUUCAGAUACACUUGGGACAAAGAUGGAACGGAUACAAGAGGGAGACGAGCCAGAGUCAGCACCAGAAGACAUUAGGCCCACCACAGCCAAAACGGGGACUACCCGGAGGGUAAGAAAUUCCAUGGCAGCCUGGCCAUUCCAUCGAGCGACAACAUCAAACGUCACUUCUAUACCUAUCACAUCAAACUUCCGCCGGCCGACGUGGCAGCCGAAAUCCUUUUUCAAGACGAGUGAUGAUUCCGCCAGCACCUACAGUAGGAGCAUCGUCCCGGACUAUGUUGUCAACUACAUUAG